UGACGAGUCCGGAAGCGACUGCGCGUGCCGCUCUGCACAAGCACUAGUGUUGUUCCGCGUCCUCGGGACCGGAGACUUUCAGAGAGAACCCCGGGCAGGACCAACUAGAUACCCACCAGCACCGAGGCAAUGUCCAGCAACAGCUUCGCUUACAAUGAGCAGUCUGGAGGAGGGGAGGCGACGGAGCUUGGUCAGGAGGCGACCUCAGCCAUUUCCCCCUCGGGCGCCUUUGGCCUCUUUAGCAGCGACUUGAAGAAAAAUGAGGAUCUAAAGCAAAUGUUGGAGAGCAACAAAGAUUCUGCUAAAUUGGAUGCUAUGAAGCGGAUUGUUGGGAUGAUUGCAAAAGGGAAAAAUGCAUCUGAACUGUUUCCUGCAGUUGUGAAGAAUGUGGCCAGUAAAAAUAUUGAGAUCAAGAAGUUAGUAUAUGUUUAUCUGGUCCGGUAUGCUGAAGAACAGCAAGAUCUGGCACUCUUGUCCAUAAGCACUUUUCAGCGAGCUUUGAAGGACCCAAACCAACUAAUCCGUGCAAGUGCUUUGAGAGUUCUGUCUAGCAUCCGAGUGCCAAUUAUUGUACCUAUCAUGAUGCUUGCUAUUAAGGAAGCUUCUGCUGAUUUAUCACCAUACGUUAGGAAGAAUGCAGCCCAUGCAAUCCAAAAAUUGUACAGCCUUGAUCCAGACCAGAAGGAAAUGUUGAUUGAAGUAAUUGAAAAACUUCUGAAAGAUAAAAGCACACUCGUAGCUGGCAGUGUUGUGAUGGCUUUUGAAGAAGUAUGCCCGGAUAGAAUAGAUCUGAUUCACAAGAAUUACCGCAAGCUUUGCAAUUUACUAGUUGAUGUAGAAGAGUGGGGACAGGUUGUCAUAAUCCACAUGUUAACUCGGUAUGCUCGUACACAGUUUAUCAGUCCUUGGAAAGAGGAUGAUUGUCUAGAAGACAAUGGAAAGAAUUUCUAUGACUCUGAGGAAGAACAGAAGGAAAAGACUGACAAAAGAAAGAAGCCAUAUGCUAUGGAUCCAGACCAUAGACUCUUAAUUCGGAAUACAAAGCCUUUGCUUCAGAGCAGGAAUGCAGCGGUGGUUAUGGCAGUUGCUCAGCUCUAUUGGCAUAUAUCACCGAAAUCUGAAACUGGCAUUAUUUCUAAAUCACUUGUGCGCUUACUUCGUAGCAAUAGGGAAGUACAAUAUAUUGUCCUACAGAAUAUAGCAACUAUGUCAAUUCAACGAAAGGGUAUGUUUGAACCAUAUCUGAAGAGUUUCUAUGUUAGGUCAACUGAUCCAACUAUGAUCAAGACAUUGAAGCUUGAAAUUCUGACAAACUUGGCAAAUGAAGCCAACAUAUCAACUCUUCUUCGAGAAUUUCAGACCUAUGUGAAAAGCCAGGAUAAACAAUUUGCAGCAGCCACUAUUCAGACUAUAGGCAGAUGUGCAACCAACAUCUCAGAAGUCACUGACACAUGCCUCAAUGGCCUGGUGUGUCUACUGUCCAACAGGGAUGAAAUAGUUGUUGCUGAAAGUGUGGUUGUUAUUAAGAAAUUACUGCAAAUGCAACCUGUACAGCAUGGUGAAAUUAUUAAGCAUAUGGCCAAACUCUUGGACAGUAUCACUGUUCCUGUGGCUAGAGCAAAUAUUCUUUGGCUAAUUGGAGAAAACUGUGAAAGAGUUCCUAAAAUUGCCCCUGAUGUUUUGAGGAAGAUGGCUAAAAGCUUCACUAGUGAAGAUGAUCUGGUAAAACUGCAGAUUUUAAAUCUAGGAGCAAAAUUGUAUUUAACCAACUCCAAACAGACAAAAUUGCUUACCCAGUACAUAUUAAAUCUCGGCAAGUAUGAUCAAAACUACGACAUCAGAGACCGUACAAGAUUUAUUAGGCAGCUUAUUGUUCCGAAUGAGAAGAGUGGAGCUUUAAGUAAAUAUGCCAAAAAGAUAUUCCUAGCUCAAAAACCUGCACCACUGCUUGAGUCACCUUUUAAAGAUAGGGAUCAUUUCCAGCUUGGCACCUUAUCUCAUAGUCUCAACAUUAAAGCUACUGGGUACCUGGAAUUAUCUAAUUGGCCAGAGGUGGCGCCCAACCCAUCAGUUCGAAAUGUAGAAGUAUUAGAGUUGGCAAAAGAAUGGACCCCAGCAGGGAAAGCAAAGAAAGAGAAUCCUGCUAAGAAAUUUUAUUCUGAAUCUGAGGAGGAAGAAGACUCUUCUGACAGCAGCAGUGACAGUGAGAGUGAAUCUGGAAGUGAAAGUGGAGAACAAGGGGAGAAAGGAGACAGUAAUGAUGACAGCAACGAAGACUCUUCCAGUGAGCAUGAGAGUGACAGUGGAAGUGAAUCAGAAAUAGAAAACAAGAGAGCAGCCAAGAAGAACUUUAAAACUAAAGGGAAAAGUGAUUCUGAAGAUGAAGAAAAGGAAAAUGAAAAGUCUACAACCUCAGAUUCUUCCAAUGCUGAAUCUAGUUCAAUAGAAGAAAGUUCUUCAGAUUCUGAAUCAGAAUCGGAAUCUGAAAGUGAAUCUGAAUUCAGAAAAGUCACUAAGGAGAAAGAAAAAAAACCAAGGCAAAAUAGAAGACCUCUUACCAAAGAUGUUUCACUUCUAGAUCUAGAUGAUUUUAACCCAGUAUCCACUCCAGUUGUGCUUCCUACACCAGCUCUUCCCCCACGUUUGAUAGCUGAUCUUGAAGGCUUAAACUUGUCAACUUCUUCAUCAGUUAUCAGUAGAACCAGCUUUUCUCAAGUUUUUCUGCAAGGACAAGCUGCUUUAAGGGAGGUCUUUGAUGAAUACUGGCAUUUAGUCAGUACUCCUGUCUUUGUACCAAUGAAAACUCAUGUGCUGCUUCAUCGAAUGAGUGGAAAAGGACUAGCUGCCCAUUAUUUCUUUCCAAGACAUCCUUGCAUUUUUGGUGACAAGAUGGUCUCUGUACAAAUAACACUGAACAAUAGUACUGAUCGAAAGAUAGAAAACAUCCACAUAGGGGAAAAAAAACUGCCAGCAGGCAUGCAAAUGCAUGUUUUUAAUCCAAUAGAAUCUCUUGAGCCUGAGGGAUCCAUUACUGUUUCAAUGGGUAUUGACUUUUGUGACUCUACUCAGACUGCCAAUUUCCAGUUGUGUACCAAGGAUGAUAGCUUCAAUGUUAAUAUUCAGCCACCUGUUGGAGAACUGCUUUUACCUGUAGCCAUGUCAGAGAAAGAUUUUAAGAAAGAGCAAGGAAUGUUAACAGGAAUGAAUGAAACUUCUACCAUAAUCAUUGCUGCACCACAGAAUUUCACUCCCCCUGUGAUUCUUCAGAAGGUUGCUAAUGUUGCCAACGUAGGUGUAGUCCCUUCUGGACAAGAUAAUAUACACAGGUUUGCAGCGAAAACUGUGCACAGUGGGUCUCUGAUGCUAGUCACAGUGGAACUGAAGGAAGGCUCUACAGCACAGCUUAUCAUAAACACUGAGAAAACUGUGAUUGGUUCUGUUCUGCUGCGGGAGCUGAAGCCUGUCCUGUCCCAGGGGUAACCUGCUUACAUCUGGACUUCAGAAUCUGGCACACAACAAAAGUGCCUGGCAUCCACUACUGCUGCCUUUCAUUUAUAAUAAUAGCCCUUCCAUCUGGCAGUGGGGGAAGAAUACACUCUUGACAUUCUUGUCUCCUGCUUUAGAAUGCUAGCGUGUAUCUAUCAUGUAUGCAGUUCUUUCCCCCCUUUCGCUUUGCUAACCAAAGAACAUAUAUUUUACUGUCAGUUACCUCAACUCUUGAAUCCAUGUGGCGUUUUCUGUGUCCUGCUACUUCUUUUGGCCUUCUCGUCUUCUUUUUCAACAUUGAUUGACCUGGAUUGGAUAUUUAAAGUGCAUUGGAAAUCAUCAUCCUUUUAGUAGUAAAGAAAAAUAGCAAAGAAAGUCUGAAUGGCCUCUUACCUUUGUUUGUGAAAAUGGAAUAGUAUACUUUUUAGAAUUAAGCGCAAAAACAAGGACUCUGCAAAAUUUUGUUCUUUGAAUCUCCUGGUACUGUAAUUGGUUAUCGACAACUAUCAUCAUGAAAUUAUCUCUGAAUCAUAAGAUAAAUAAACUAGCAUAUGAAUCACAUUUGUCUUUGCAUUCUUAAUGAGGAACUAUUUAUGAUCCUGGAGUUUAUUUGCUGAGGCUUUUUUAUUCUGAAGUAAAUAUUUUGAGUGUUAUAUAGAGAAGCAGCAUGGUUUAGUGAAAGUAGAACACUUUCAAACCAGGCAGAUUUCUAAUUGUGUUAUAGAGUAGUUAACUCCAAAGGGGAAAAAAAAACUAAUAUGUUUAAUAACAAAAACACAUAAACAAAAAUGUCAUGUUGCAAAAUAAGACAUCUUUUCCUUAUAAUUUUGACCUAUUAAUAGAUAUUUAAUUACAAGGCCUAUUUACACCCGUUGAAUAAAUUCUUUGACUCUCAUUGUUCCUUUACAAAUCUUGAUGCCCACCUUUGAUGAACUGAAACUCCUUUGACAACUAACUAGUAUAAAUUUAAUUGUAGAAAUGUUAAAACUAGUUAUAUGAUCGGUAUAUUCGCAUUUGUCCCUAAAGUGCUUUUAUUUUAUUUGCUAACUUCGGCAAGUUACUGUUUGUUUGUUUUUUUUAAAGAUUAUAGCAGAAAAUUUCUUUCCUGAUAUUUUCAUACCUUUUUAAACCCAGUUGGAAUUAUGCUAGUCAGUCACCUUUGUAUAAAGCCACAUAAAUAAUGUUCUUCUGUUAAAAAAAAAAAAAAAAACUAAAAGGAAGAGAAUAUACGUCGAUUGAAAUA